AUGCUCAGCACUGUGCUAGACAUAUUGACGGACGAGUCAUCUUUCCCAUAUGGAGACGACUUUGGAGACGUCUCAAAAGCCAUAUGGAGCAGAGGGCCCGGCAGUGGAUGGGCAUCUGAAGCACCCCACGUGCUUACACCCUCCUUUUCUCCCCCCGCCCUAUUCCCCGCCCAUCACCCCCAGCUGUUGGACAUAGUGAUAGACGAGUCCUCUCUGCCCUACGGGGCAGAGGGUCCGGCAGAGGAUGGGCAUCUGAAGCACCACCUGCUGGACAUAAUGACGGACGAGUCAUCUCUCCCGUACGGAGCAGAGGGUCCGGCAGUGGACGGGCAUCUGAAACAGCACGUGCUGGCAGCGUUGCAGCAGGUGGUGGGCGCCGAUGGGGGCAGCUGGGUGGGACGAUCAGCAGGCGAUUACCGGCGACAGCUGGCUGAUGCAUGGGGCAUGUGA